GCUGGCGCGUGGGUGCCGGCGCGCUGCUCCUGCCGCGGCGCUGGCCCGCUCUCCAGUGCUCGCUCGGCGCUGCUGGCGUGGACAAGCAGACAUGGCGAGCUCCGGCUGUGAGGACCAUGCGGGCCAGGAGGGGGAGACGUUCCUGUAUUUCGCCUAUGGCAGCAACCUGCUGACCGAGAGGAUUCACCUGCGAAACCCCUCGGCCGUGUUCUGCUGCGUGGCGCGCCUGCAGGACUUUAAGCUCGACUUUGGCAAUUUCCAAGGCAAAACAAGUGAGAGGUGGCAUGGAGGUAUAGCUACCAUUUUUCAAAGUCCUGGCGAUGAAGUGUGGGGAGUAGUAUGGAAAAUGAACAAAAGCAAUUUAAGUUCUCUGGAUGAGCAAGAAGGAGUUAAAAGUGGAGUGUAUGUUGUAAUAGAAAUUAAAGUUUCAACUCAGGAAGGGAAAGAAAUAACCUGCCGAAGUUACCUGAUGACGAAUUAUGAAAGUGCUCCCCCAUCCCCACAGUAUAAGAAGGUUAUCUGCAUGGGUGCGAAAGAAAACGGUUUGCCACUGGAGUAUCAAGAGAAGUUAAAAGCAAUAGAACCAAAUGACUAUAAAGGAAAGAUCUCAGACGAAAUGGAAGAAAUCAUCAAAAAGGGGGAAUCGAAACUGUACAGAACAUAACAGGAUCUGAGGAUCUUUCUGUUUGCAGGAUGAAGUGUUUUUAGUGUUUUCGAGCAGGAAUCUGGGACCUUCCUGUUUUUAACCUAUUGAUUUUCAACAGUGCUGUGAAGGGGCUUCUCUCGUAGGUGAUUCCAUAUUUUCUGCUGUAAAAAAGAACUGGAAUGGAGAUAGGAAUUAGACAAUUAAAAGGGGUCAGGAGGUCCUGGAGUGUGUAAGCUGUGAUGGCUGUGGGUUCUCCUGCGGACACAUUUCUAUCCCGAGUCACAUGGAAGCAUCUCAGUGUGCUCUGUGGCACAGGGUAGGUUUGCAGCCCAGUGCGCAUUGCUGCCCUUGGUCUGCUUUCUGCUUGUUUGUGAUCAGCUUCUAAGAGUAAGCAACUGUAGAGAGUUGGUGAUAAGAUUUUGAGAAGCAGAAAGCUGAUACAGUGCCCUUCAAAGGGUGAGUGUGUCCACAGUUUCCCAGCAAGUGCUCCACCUCCCUCUGCACAGCUCAUACUGCACAGAGCUGCCCCAGCCUCAUGGAGUUGGCCUUAAGUGGUGCUGUGGAUCCGGAGCCACGCUGGCCUUGAACCUGUGUCCCUCUUGCCUCAGCUUCUCCUGUAGUUGGGAUUACAGUCCUGUGCCACCAGGCCUAGCUGAGUCACCACUGUCCAAUUGUGAGACUUGAGCUUCUUUGAGACUCUGUACCUUAUUUGCCUUGCCUAUUCCAACAGGGAUGAUCAGAACACCUGUAUCUGCAGCUUAUUCUGAAGGGCUCAUGCAUAAAUAUGUGGCAAGCUUUGGACAGAGCCUAGCAUUUAGUAUUGGCAAUCACAUCAAGUUUGGGAGGUUCUUUUGUUUUUUUGAGACAUAAGCUUGCUUUAGUCCUGGAUGGCCUUGCAUUUAGGAUUGUCUUGCCUUUCAGCCUUCCUAGAUCUAAAGUUCCAGGUGUGUGCUAUCAUGUGUGGCAGGGGAUUCAGUUUUGUUUUGUAUUUAAACCAGUGGUUUUGGCCUUUCAACAAAACAACUCUUGGAAAAGCUAAGAAAAAAAUUACAGUUAGGACCUAGAUUAUAGAAUCUACAAAGUGUGCCAGCCCCUUUCCCAGAGAAAAAGAAAGAUGAAUUGUGAGCUGAAAGAGCAAAUACUGGGAAGAAAUGGCCUUGGAAUUAUACAAAUAGCCUGGGAGCAUCCUGUUCAGAGUAAGAUAAGAUACCAGAACCUUUAGGAAGAACUAACUUGGCUCCCACUUGCUAGCCCCAGUUGUUCCCACCAGUGAAAGCAGAGAAAACAGGAACUUAGAGCUGGAGAAAUAGGUCAGGUGGUGAACUGCUUACCACACAAGCAUGAGGACCCAAGUUCAGUUCCUAGACCCCAGUAAAAAAAGAAAAAGAAAAGAAAGCUGGGCAUGGUGUUGUAAGCUUGCAAUCUUAGUGCUGGAAAAGCAGAGACAGGUGGGUCUCUAGGGCUCCCUAGCCAUCCAUCCUAACCUGCUUGGAGAGUCCCCAGGCUGCUGAGAGACCAUCUCCCAAGGAAUGACAGCUGAGGUUGUCCUCUGGCCUCUGUGCACACCCUCCCCCCUAUGAACAUACACACACAAAUGAAGAUUGUAUAGUUAUUUUUAUAACAGCUACUUAACUAGGCAUGGAUCUGUGUGCUAGCACUCAGUAUAGUCCUGGGCUGAGGUGGAAGGAUUGCUUGAGUCCAGUCUGGUCAGUAUAGUGUUGCCUCAUCUCAAAAAAACAAAAAAAAAAAACGACAAA